CUUGUGCCAACAGAACAACCGGUUUGGGCGGAGCGUGAGUACACUUUUCUAGUCGAUUCCAGUUUGCCGGCUGGCGCCAUUGUUGGCAAGGUCACGGCCUACGCCGCACUGGACUUGGAUCGUGGAAGGGAGAACAGACUGGGCGAUGAUACGGGCAUGUGUAAUUAUGCUAUUGAUCAUCCGGACAACAACGUAUUUGACAUUAAUGGACAUGGUGUGAUUCGAUCGCGAAUUUCACUGGAGCAUUAUUCAGCUCAUCGGUUCACAAUCAAUGUGACCGGAUUCGAUUGUCACGUGCCGGUCCGGCGUCGGUCGACCGUUCGUGUCAAUGUGCAUGUGCGACCNGACCAAGUUGCACAAUCGAAUGGGAAGCUCAUAGUCGUUUUCACACUACUACCAGCACAAAAGUAUCGCAUCACGCAAUGUUUUACCGUCACGCAAGUCGAUUUGGUUCGACUGGAUGGUGAUUGCGUUCAACCCGAACUGGUCUAUACCGCUUUGCCUCGAGCGCACUGGGUUUCACCCAACGCCACUUUAAAGACAUGCGACAACCAACCAGUGGGUGAAUCCGCGACCGUCUGCAAGCCAACGGAAGCCACACUCCGCGUGAAGCUAUUAUGGAGUGGAGAUGACGAUGAUGAUGUCGAUGAGGGUAAGGAAGAUAGUGUGGAUUCCGAUGAUAGUGCGGAAGAUGGAGACCCCAAUUAUUCACUAUCCGAUACGGAUUCAUCGUCUGUGUGCGAUUUCGAUCGUCUCUCAGUCCGAGCACAUUCACAAUCUUGCGAAGAGUCCUUUGUACACUCCACAAACCAAACCCUCGCCAAAUGGCAGUCGGCUCUGUUCAACUGCUCACUUUUGAAUUUGUUACAGUUACACAUGAAGUUACGCGUUAAUCUGACAUCUGUUUGCAGUGGUCUUGAUGGCUUUCUCGUACAAAAUUGCAUCGAGAAAUGA